AUGGAAAUAUCAACUGAACAGCGCGCUUUAGAGGUUUAUGAAAAAGGAGUUGCAAAAGAAUCAUUAGGGAGUCUGGGUGACGCAAUACGAUAUUAUUCAAGUGCUUUAAAGAUUCAUAAAGAUGUGGAAAAACUUUAUAGAAAGAAACUACAUGAUGAAUAUCAAAAGGAAUUGAAUGACAGAAUAGCUGAAACUCCAGCUCCGUUGUUAGAUAGUUUAGCUGCGUUGAAAUUAUCUGAGAAUACCAAUGAUGAGGUUGCUGAUGAUGAUAAUAAAGGAGAUAGAGAAGAGGAAGAAUUAAUAGAGCCCUGUUAUUUGUUAAAUAUAUUAACUGAUGAUAUAUUGCUGGAAAUCAUCACAAUAUUGAUAAGAAUUGAUCCUCAUUCAAAUUUCAAAUUAGCAUCAACAUGUCAUAGAUUAGGCAAAUUAUGUUUUGGUACAGUAGCAUUUAGAACUAUAUCAAAAUUAGUUUAUCCACAUCAAGUUUACUCAUCAAGUUCAAUUCAACUAAAUAACAUUACAAAAGAUCAAGAAGAAAUGGUAAAAAAUUGGGAUUUCAACUGGCCUUCAAUGCUAAAUGAUCGUCCUUUUUUGAAAUAUCACGGGACUUAUAUAUCGAAGGUUUCAUAUAUUUCUGAAGGUGCUGCGGAUUAUAGUUUCUAUGCUCCUGUUAAGCUGGUGACUUAUUUUAGAUAUCUAAGAUUCCAUCCUGAUGGAACUGUUUUAAAAUUGACUACAACUGAUGAUCCAAAUGUUAUUAUACCACAAUUUAAAAAAGAAAAUGUUGGUUCAUGGAAAAGUGCAACUAUUGCGAGAUUUUAUUUAGAAAUGGAUGGUCAAGUGAUUAUUGAAUCUAAAACUGAAUUAUACAAAUUUGUGGAAGAGCUACAAAUUUCUAGCUUGGGGUAUAGGAAAUUUCAUAGAUUGAAUUGGAUAACAAGUUUCACAGUGAAUAAAGAAGGUGAACGUGGUUAUUUCAGCUUGAAAAAGGAGAAACCAUUUAAUUUUUCAAGUGUCAAGUCUUACAUGGUAGAUUAUGAAUAA